AUGUCGUCCUCCGCGUGUUUCGUGGAAGUGUCGUUCAUCGAAGUGCCAUUCACGAAAUGUCGGUGUAUACAUUUCAGCUUGUCUCUCAGCUGUUAAAAACAAACUACAUCAGGAUUUCUUCCUUUCUUGAAUUCCACUUUCGUUGAAAUGUAAAAAGCGAUUUGACUUUCACAUUUUGCAGUAAGGCCAAAUUGAACACAUUAUGGGUUGAGCUCCAAUAUGCAGCUACACAUCCUUCUUAUACACUGACGAGGGAAGGCCACCAACUGCCCCAUCGCUUUUGGCUUGAAACCUAGUGGACAAUAGGUAAUCGACCAUGCUAAUGCCGAAUAUGAUAGCCGUUUUCCCCCGCAGGCGUUUUCUAGUCGGUC